GGACCUACAAAAAAAAAAAUACGUUUCUUAAAUCUCUACAGAGGAUUAUAUUUCAUGAAUUAUUUAUUUUCAAUCGAGGAUUACGGGGUGUGCUCUGUAAUAAUAUAUAAUACACCUUCUGCGUGUAUUUUUAUUAAUAUUGUACAUACGUUUACUGCAAUAAACGAAUAUGUCCUCUGAUGAAAUUCAUUACUCUUAUCCUUUCUCUUUCUUUUUUUAUUCGAUUCGAAAUUUGAAUCGUUCAAAAUUACGCGCCAAUCGAUAUUGGCGCGCGAUUCGAAUUAGUGACUCAUUUAAUUCGUCGAACCUAGCGGAUUUUCUUGUUUUGGUAGAACUGUCCUACCGUAGGAUACGUUUUCGUAAAUCUAAUGUAAGUGAAUGUGGUGCCGCGAGUGUUCGACAUUCAAAAAACUUUAAAUUUCAAUCAUUUAUCAUCCAACAACGUGAAAAAUUUGAAAAUAAAAUAAUGUCGGGUGACGUACAACCAAGAAAGCGAAAAGAUAGGAGACGCAAGAAAGAUGAGGAAGAAUCGGGUACACCUCCACCAACGUUGACGAAUACACCUGAAAGUGUUAUAGACAACGUUAGCAUACACAUUUAUAAAGAAAGUAGUACGGGUGGCCAUUGGUGCGCACGUAUUAUAUUUUUCAUAUUACUUGCUGUAUUAAUUGCUUUAACCGGAGUUAUUAUUUUUGAGCAUAGAGGAACUACAGAUGUUGAUACACCAGUAGCUGAAUCAAGGUGGGCUAGUAUAUUUGAUGGAUGGGUUGAUGAUACUCUUCCAAGUCAUGGGGAUGAAUCCUAUGAUGAAAAAGAAGUAGAAGGUAGUGAGGAAGAAGAAGAAGAAGAAGAAAAAGAGGAAGAAGAAGAGGAAGAGGAAGAGGAAGAGGAAGAAAGAACGGAAGAAGAAGAAGAAGAAGAAGAGGAGGAAGAAGAAGAAACAGCUGAUGUGACAACAAAAUCAGCUGAAGAAGAAGAAGAAGAAGAAGAGGGUGAAGUGGAGGAAGAGGGUGAAGAGGAAGAAGAGGGUGAAGGGGAAGAAACUGUUAAAGAAAAUGAAGAUGAUAAUGAAGAUGAAGGUUUAGGUAGUGAAGAAGUGAAUAAAUACGAGGAAAAUGAUGAAGAAAAAAAAGAAGAAGAAGAAGAAGAGGGAGAAGAAGAAGAAGAAGAAGAUAAAGAAACAACAAUUUCAAAGGAAGAAGCUGACGAAGAUGAAUCCAACAUGGAAGAUGAGGGUGUCGAUCGUGGAGAAUCUGAUAUGGAAGAUGACAACGACGAUUUCAAUCAACAAAACUUCGAUGACACUGAUGUGCUAGAAGAAAUGGAUAAUAAAAGUGACGAAGAUAAUGAUAAUAUUAACGAAAACGAUAAUAACGAUGAUAAUGAAGUCGAGGAUAGUAUAUUAAAAAAAGACAGGAAUAAUUAUUACGUUAGUAAAGAAAUUGUUGAUGAAGUUUCCGAUGAACGACAAGAAGAAGAUGAGGUGUUUGAGGAAUUUGUUGCUAUACCAGGUGUACUAGAAGUGGACGAUUAUAGUGCUGAACCUUUGGAAGAGGUAGAGGAUGGUGAACCUGAAGAAGAUGUAAAUGAUAUAGACAUUGAACCGGAAGUUGAAGAAAUAGAAGAAGAAGAAGAAGAAUCUACUAGUGUGCCAGUGAAGUUCGGAGUUGGUGUUGCACUUAUCAUUGCCGCACAUUUUGUUCUCGUUAGGCGAUGGAACAACGCCGAUGCCGAAUUAAUUCAACUUUCCCAUAACGAUGAAGUGAUUAAUCUAACCAGACGGAAUACUAUAAUAGUUCCACCCUCGGUUAAAGAAACUGGAACAUUAAAAACUGAGGAUGACAAGCAAACGAUUACGCCAAAGAAGAAACAAACUUAUGAGACCUUACGAUCGCAAUAUGAAAAAUUAAAAAACGAAGAUAUACCGAAAAAUGUUUCGCUGGAAAAUACUUCGAAUCAAUUGGAAGAAGAAACUUUGGCUGCGCGUAAAAUACAAGGGGUUGAUAAGGUAAAAGAGAAACAACGAUCGAAAGUUAUGUCAUCCGAAGAAGAAACGGAAGAUGUUGAUGAUGAAUUAGAGACAUCAGAGGGAGAACGUGUUUCUGGUGGUGAAGAAUACGAGGAAGAGGAAGAUGAAGAACAAGAAGAAGAAGAAGAAGAAUUGGAAGAUGAAGAAGAAGAAAUAGAAGAUGUCGAUGAUUCGGAAUUGGUGGCCAGAUUAGAGGCAAAAUAUGGUAAAUUGGCAACUCCGCAAGACAGCGAGCUUGAGGAUGAAAUAGAAGAUGAGGAAGAAAUUGAAGAUGAUUACGAAGAGGAAGAAGAAGAAGAGGAAAUAGAAGACGAGGACGUAACAGGAUGGAAACGUAUAAAAGCACCUAAGGAACCAAUAGGACCAUCUAAAUUUGUACCUGCAACUAUCGAUAAAUCUGGGAUUAGUUCUAAGCAAGGAGUUUCUACAUCCAAGGGUGGUAAAUCAAUAAAUGAUUUUCGAAAUCUAUCAAGCCUGGAUGAUUUAACAAUAUACGAAGAAAGAGAAAUACCUCUGGAAAUUGAUGAUUAAAGUUUCACCCUCUAAUCCUUCUUUUAGCAUUGUCCACUUAUUUUCCAUCGAUCAUUUUCAUGUGUUUAUAUAUAUACAUAUAUAUACACAUAUACAUAGACAUACCAAUUAUUUUACAAUUGACUAAUAUUUUAU